GGUAAAUGUAGCCUUACCCACAUCAACCUGGACCCCAUACACACAUGCUAAAGCUGUUGGAUUGGGUUUUGGAAAACAGUGUUCCCAGGUCACCUGUGGAGGUCGAGCAUGGCUCAAGGAUUUAACACUUGUUUUCGGAACCUUCCGCCAUUGUCAUCGGAUUCAAGGACUUUGAAUGUGCCUUUGGAUUCUGAAGAUAGUUUGGCGCACCACCUUGAAAGCCUCAUUGAACAUAAUGACCUUUCCAACACCGUGGUUUCACCGGAAAACAUUUCCUCAGACUUGAACUUGAGUUCAAACUUUUUCUCAAAUUCCAAUACUAGUUCUGAUUUUGUACAACAGAAAUACUAUGAUGACGUCGUUUGGCAAGAUGAGGGUCAACCAGUACAUCAUGAAGGUCAGUUUAAUCAUACAAGCAACAGCCUCUUUGCCUCAGCUAGAGCAGCCAGUUCAAGUAAUUGCCUCUCAACUUCAGGUGCAGACCUAAACCCCCCUGAUCUUAAACAAGAAUGUGACUUAUUGAACCCUUCCAUUCCAGAGGACUACUCAGAUGUUAGUAGCUGCUCAGAGUCCAAUGUUGACAGGAAAGGGCCUUUUUGUGAAAUGUUAAAACAUGGUUCAAAUGAUUCUCCACUGGUUGCAGAUGACGAGAAGGAAAAUGAAUGUGCAUGGAAGAGCCCAAAGACCAACACAGGUUCCCCAGAAAGCAUGUCUACAACAGAGAGUGAGGUAGAGGAAGAUCAAGAUGAACCACCAGAGAAGGAAAAGGAGACAUUCAUGAUGCAAGAGAAUAAAUACUCAGAGACCUCCGGUGCUCCAGAAAGCCUAUCUGUUUCAGAGGACGAGGGAGAAAAGGAUCAUCUGGAUGGAGAAGCACAUGAGAAAGAUGAGACUUGCAUGGAGCAAGAUGAUCAACACACAGACACUCCCUCAGGUGGUGAAAAAAGUUUGACUGCCUCAGUGAAUGAGAGAAAAGAGGAACUGGAUGAUGAAGCACAGAAUGCGGAAGAGGGAUGCAUGGAGGAAGAGGAUCGGUACUCAAAUGUCAGUAACCUAGAGGGCCAAAAUGAAGGAACCAUCAUUAGUGAGAGCUUUAAAGAGGAAGAGCAUUCAUUAUCCCAAGGAACUGUGGACUCGCAGGGUAUCGAUGCAUCCAAUGCUCAAGAUUCUGCUCACAAGCUGAAUGAUAAUACCUGUGCCUUUGAAUAUCAGGAUUCAGUUAAGGAUAAUGACUCUUUAAAUGUUGCUGGUCAAGAAAAUGGCAAAAGUUCCUCUGUCAUUUGUGGAUUAGGCCUAGGGGGUAGCAAUCAAACGUUUGAGUCUUGUUUGGAAUUCCCUGAAAAUCAAUCGCUGAAAACUAGAUUUCAGGAGAUUGUUGGUAGUGGCACUCAAACUACAAACUCAACCUAUGAAGAAAGUGCAAGUGAUUCCCUUCGUGGAAGUGAAGGGAAAGAGGAUCACAGUAGCUUUGAUUUUUUGGAGCGUUGUUUAGGUCUGAACAACUUUGGAAUUGAACAGAAGUCCUGUAUUGAAAAUGAGUGGCUAAGACCUAUCGAUGAGUCAAAUGUAUCGUCUUGUUUGGAAGAGGACCAGGCAUCCCAACAGAACCUAAUGCGCCAAAUCGAGCCACCAGACCUUGUGAGAGCUGGUCUUGAAAACACAAGAAAGACAUUUCAUAAAGUAUUCACAGCAGAUGAUGAGCAAGAACCCCCAGUGCUAAGUGAAUGCUAUGGUGAACCAUUGUCAAGAGAAGAUUGUAUGGGUGACACCGAGGGUAAUCAGGAAAGGGGGGAGACCGGGUCUAUUGAUUCAACUGAGUUGAACCAGGAGGGAGGAGAUUCAACUAUUGAUAACAUUGAAGACGAGAGGGAUUUUGAGGACCAAGCAACUCAGUUGAAAUCCUCGCUGUAUAUGAGGAAAUGCAUGCACCCUAUUGUACUGCUCAGGAACUCUGAACUAAAAAAUGACACAGGUGGGGCUUAUCAGUGUGCAGCAUGCCAACAGGCUACACAAAGUAUAGACCAUCUAAUUGAGCACCACCAUUGUAACCACUCUGAGAACAAAUUACAUUUCUGUCAGACCUGUGGUACUUACAUGACAUGUGAUUCACUAGCCAAGAAACAUCAGUGUGGUAUUAUUGAUGAAAAUGCACAACUCUCUUCUAAUAUGAAACCCCAGAAGAGAAAAUCAACCGGGCAUGCUUUUCACAAAUGUAGAUACUGCACACAUACAUUUUACAGACUCUGUGAUUACAACAAGCAUGUGCAGAGGCACUCGGGUAGAACUGAACAUAAGUGUCAUAGGUGUGGCUGUAACUUUUCACAAUGUCGUAGUCUGAACAGACAUUUACGUGAAAAGAAAUGCCAGCGUCGAAGUUCACAAGUUCCUGUUAAACAGAUUCAAACAACCCCACGUAUCAGCAUUUACAAAAAGGGAACUGUACAUCCAUAUGUCCUCCCACCAAACAGCCCCUAUGCCAAUCUUCCAGAUUGUUUUGUGAAACUGGUGGACAUUUGCAAGGAGCAUGUUUGUCGUCUUUGUGGGAAAAGCUUUGCAAGCAGUGCAAAACUCUACAAGCAUGGAUACAAUGUACAUCAUACAAAAACCAGGUCAUAUAAGGUUCGGCCUAAGUGUCAGAACACAUACAGAUCAUAUAAGUGUCAGAAAUGCCUGAUGACAUUCAAUUAUUCAAGCAAUUUUAGCAGGCACAAGAAAAGAUGCAAAGGAGCUGAAAUGAAUGAGAAAUUCAAGUGCCCUCUUUGCCCACGCCUUUUCAAAUAUUCCUACAACCGGUCCCACCAUUUGCGUGAGCAGUGCAUUAAAGACUUUACACAGGGAAUCUCAGGGAAAGUUGACAUGAAAUUUCAAUGCCCCUUCUGCACCACCACCUUUACUAAUGCUUCUAACCGACAUAGACACAUACGACUGGUGUGCCUCAAGGAAUAUAUACACAAUGAGACUUCAAGGACCAAAGCUGAACGCCAGGAAAACAUGGCCCAGAAAGAAACACAAAAGCCGCCACUGAAAACAGCACUGAAUCAAAAUGAGCCGGGUCUCAAAUGCAACUACUGUCCGGCCAUUUUUGCUCAUUCUUCUGGAAAGUACAGACACAUGAGGAAACAUAAGUUGUUUGAAAACACUGGAAAAAAGAUCAAGUUCGGGUAUACAAACAUAAUUCCAAUUUCUAACAAGUCCAAGGCUAGUAUUGAGGAGCCCAAAGACGGUCCACUCUCCAGUGAAGCCAGCAGCCAGCCCUUUUCCUGUAUCUUCUGUGGAAAAUGGUUCAAUACUUCAUAUUCCCUGAAGAAACACAUCUGUAGUAUGCACAUGGGUGACAAACCAUAUCGCUGCCUGGAAUGUGGAAAACGUUUUGGGAAAGAAAUCCAUCUUGUUGCUCACAAAAAAGUGCACCAGCGAAGGAUACAGUGUACUGUUUGCAAGAAGAUACUUCCUACCAUUGGGGACUUGAUUCAACACAGGCAAUCUCACAUCAAAAAGGGCAUGCUUCAGUGUCCAGACUGCCCAUCGCAGUUCCAGUACCCAGUGUAUCUUCUUCGACAUAUGGCAUCACAUCACAAACUUCAGCAAGAGCAGCCACUCAAAGAGAAAAAACAGAGGCACCCCUCAAAACUUGAGCCGCUUGGGUCCUUGCCACCAGUCAAAGAGCAGGAAGAGGGAGAAAAGUUGGGGUGCCCCAUAUGCCCAGAGGUCUUUCACAGUGGCACAGAACUGAGUAGUCACUGCCUAAACCAUGCAUCGGAGUCCUCUUCAAGUCAGUGUCCGUUUUGUAAACGCCUCUUCUCUUCCCGCACAUCUUUGGUGCGUCAUAUACGCAUUCAUACAGGAGAGAAACCAUUUUCUUGUCAGAGUUGUGGAGAAUCUUUUAGUCGAAAAGAAUAUCUCCAGUUGCACCAAGAAAAGUGUCCAGGUCCACAAAGCAAACAAGAACUGCCCACUAUCAAAGAAAGUGAAGAUGUCUCAUCGAAAUCUUUGGUGACAAGAACAAGGAAAGUAUACAAAUGUUCAUACUGUCCUCGGGAAUUUGAAAAAUUGCCCCGUUUAUUACUGCACCACAAUGGCCACAUGCAAAAUACAGUAACCCCCUGUCCAAAAUGUGGUAAAUGUUACAGACAAAGGCGCAAGUUACAUGAAAGACUUUGCAAUGGCUCAAACAUAAAAUCUAUAGAGCCAGUGAGCACUGUCUGGCAUCCUUGUAGGAAUUGUGGGAGGAAGUUUUCAAGAGAUUAUAAUCGAGAUGUCCAUGAGAGGAUUUGCAACGCUGUAAAGCCCUUGCAAAAAAACACCAGCAAUUCUGGCAACUCAAACAUGCAUCCUUGCAGGAAUUGUGGAAAGUACUUUACAAGGAGUGAUAAUCGGAAUUUCCAUGAGAAGACUUGCAACUCUGCCAAGCCCUUGCAAAAAAACACCAUAGAAAUUAGGACCAGUAGCAGGGACAAGUUGCAGCACAAAUGCCCCCACUGUCCAAGCAAGUUCAAGUACAGAAGUUUUCUCCUGAGACAUAUUGGGUCACACACUGGAGAAAAAUCAUAUCCAUGCAUGCACUGUGGUCACAGCUAUGGAAUCCAAUCACGAUGCUUACAGCAUGAAGCUUUCUGUGAUGGUGUUAAUAGACAAAAGCCACCAAGCGCCAGCCUUAGUGAAUAUAAGUGCAAUAUCUGCACAAAAAUCUUCAUGAAAUCCCGAAACUUAAGGCGGCACAUCCUAACGCACACAGAGGUAAAGCCAUAUCGCUGUAAAGCCUGUGACAGCUGUUUCUCCAGACAUGAUCAUCUAAAACUGCACCAGAGUCGCUGCAAAGGGAAAAGACGACGUUUAGAGGUUCGCAUUGCCAAAGUUAGUCUUGCAGAUGUUGGAAGGGGCUGGCAAAAUAACCUGAACAUUACCGAUUCAGGAAAGCAACAAGGGUUUGACUGCAACAUAUGUUCAAAGAUCUUCCCCUCUCACAGCAUUAUGUCCCGACAUAUUGCCAUGUCGCAUGCUAUAAGAACCGUCAGUUCAUUUACUCACGAAAAAUCACUGAAGAGACACAUUGGUGCAUGUCAAAGAUUUUACGCAAAAACAAAGCUUUCAGAAAAGCUAAAUGUUACAAGCCCACCAUCUAGAGAGACAAACAGACUUCUACAGAGGAUCCAGCUGCAAUAUAAAGACAAACGCAAAUUCAAAUGUACCUUUUGCCUCGCCUUUUCAAAAGUGGUGAGCAAUUGA